CCAGCGACAGGGCAACAAUCAAUAGGAAAACAAUAUGGCUUUUCGUCACGGUUACUACUUCUUUGUGUUGACUAUUGUUGUUGUCACCAUUUUGAAUACUUCGGUUGCUGAAGGUUCUUGCUUUACAUCACGUCUAAGGUGUUCUCGUUGGGGUCGGUGGUUCACUGGAAAACUGUGGAAGAACUGCAAUGAUUACUGUAUUGAGCUGGGUUACUAUGGAGGAAGUUGUCAGAUCUGUCGCAAGACUUGUUGGCUGAGCAGCAAAGCUUACAGUUGCAGAUGUUUUGGAACCGGACUCUGUUAGUACUGAUUGGCUUGGAACAUUGCACCUUUUAACUCAGGAUAAAAUUUAAAGAUUUGCUUGAAGUAUAAAACUUCCUAUAACAUGGAAUGGUGAAAGUACAUUUAAUCGUGUGAAGUCUUGCU